CCCAGCGCCCCGCCCCGCCGCGACGUCACCGCCGGCGGUGGCGCGAGCCGCUCGGGCGGUGACGUCAUGUGGCGCUACCGGGCAGCGCCGCCCCUCCCCGCCUACCGCCGCGCCGGGACCCGCAGGCACAGGAGCCGCCAUGGAUCUGGUCCUGGACGCCGCCGACCGGCACCUCCUCACGCCCUACGUGUACCCCACCGGCUGGCCCGAAGCCGAGCCCUGCCGCCAGCUCCUCAGCCUCUUUGUCAUCACCAACCUGGGGGCACUCGCCCUCUACCUGCUCUUCGGCACCCUCAGCUACUACUUCAUCUUUGACCAUGAACUCCAGAAACAUCCCCAGUUCCUAGAGAACCAGGUGCGUCGGGAGAUCACCUACGCGCUGCGCUCCCUCCCCUGGAUCAGUGUGCCCACCGUCGCCCUGUUCUUCGCCGAGGUGCGGGGCUACAGCAAGCUCUACGACAACAUUGAGGACUCCCCAUAUGGCUGGUCAGGUGUCUUCCUCAGCAUGCUGUCCUUCCUCCUCUUCACCGACAUGGGCAUCUACUGGAUACACCGCGCUCUCCACCACAAACUGCUCUAUAAGCGAUUCCACAAGCCCCACCACCUCUGGAAGAUCGCGACGCCCUUCGCCAGCCACGCCUUCCACCCUGUCGACGGCUUCAUGCAGAGCCUGCCCUACCACGUCUACCCCUUCCUCUUUCCCCUGCACAAAGUCACCUACUUGGGCCUCUACAUAUUCGUCAACGUCUGGACCAUCUCCAUUCACGACGGCGACUACCGCGUCCCUCGCCUCCUGCGGCACGUCAUCAACGGCUCGGCCCACCACACCGACCACCACUUGUACUUUGACUACAACUAUGGGCAGUAUUUCACCCUCUGGGACAAGAUCGGCGGCUCCUACAAGAGCCCCACGGCCUUCGAGGGCAAAGGCCCCCACGACUACUUGCGCAAGCUCCGAGAGAAAGGCCUGGGGGCAUCCGACGGCCCCCCGUCUGCCAAGACCGAGUAGGGUUCCCCAACGGCCCGGCCCCUCUGUGGGAUGAGAUUCCCCAGCUGGAUCUCGUCCCAUUCCUCCCCGGCCUCUCGAGAUGACUUUCCCACGGACAAAGAGCCCCCGUCCCCCGAUGGCGUGACCAGUGCGGGGCAAUUCUUGGCGAGCGCUCCGGCCCACCCCUGCUCCCGAAACGGCAGUGGCCAGCCUCACUCUAUGCCACAGACCUGCCCUGCUCCUGGCUGCCUUUGGAUCUCUGCUAAGGUCCCUGCCCUGCUUUAGUACUGUGCUGCUGCUUUACAAAAAGAACAAUAACAUGGCACAAAUACAAGAAGAACGUGGCUCGUGGCAGGGUCUCUGUCCAUCUGUGCCGCACGCCGCUGUUGCCGAUUCGCCGUCGUGGAGUCCGUCAGGACGAGUCGAGUCGAGAGGCUGACACCACUGCAUCUUUUUCUGAGCUGUAUUACGCAAAAAAAAGACGCAAGCGCCUACCUUUCAGAGCCGGCGCGGGUCCUCGGCAACGGCUCCUCGGCACGGCGAGGGCUCGGCCUUGAGAUGGGGCGGGACUCCUUGGCGCUCGACAGGCUCUCCUCCUUCCUCUUUCCUGGGGACAUCCUGCAGGGCGCUGAUGGGACAUGUCCUAGCGACAGCAUGCCUGUAGGACAAAGAUGGGCUCUGAGUCCCGUGGGUCCCUCGAGCUCCCUGAGAACAUUGAGGCAGGGAAAAGGACAAACAGGCACCCAGAGACAAGGGGUGAGGCUUCUCCUCACUUGAGGGUUCGUGGCUGGCUUUCCCCCUUAACGCCCGGUGUGCUUUCUGCUGAAACCUGGUCACCCUGCCUUUGGGUCUGAUCCACGUUCAAUAAAUCUUGCUCGCCAACUUG